UGGCCAAACGCAGUAGUACGGUGUCAUCCCCGUUGUGGGUUACAUUGGGUGCUGUCUGUCGAUGACGCUACCUUUAUUUCCCCACGAAGAAGUCGCAUGUUGAACCUCGUGAAGCGGGAAGUAAGCGACUUCUCGCAAAAAUGGACUGGGGUCAAAGUGAGCUGCUGUCUCCGGUGGUCCGAGAAGACGUGGUGACAGUCGCUGGGCGUCGAAUGAAGAAGGUGGCAUUCCCCUCACCGGGCACCGGUCAUGUUGGCGCUUCCAUGGUAACGCCGGCGCGCUCCACAUUGAAGAACACGCCUGCCUCACUUUUCAGACAAGCUGUAACUCCCAGGGUUCCCGACGUCUCCGCCAUAUGGGCUCACGCGGGCCAAACUCCUCACUCCGCACACACGCGGAGGACCACGCUCGGCAGUCUGAAUUUGGAUGACAGCGACUGGACUAACAGCUUGUACGCGUCGCCCGUGGCGGCUCUGGGGGACAGCAGCUUCGUCGCGGAGGACGUCGGCCACCUCGGCUCGGCCCUGCUCAAGGACGACGAACCCGGAGAGGCCGCGGCGGCCAGUCUCUUCCCUGAUUUCCUGGCGUCCUUUUUGAAACACUCCUCGUCUGGCAUAUUUGAGCUGCUGGAGGAUUACCAGAGCCUCUGCCAGGACAAGGUGGACGUGCUCCAGUCGGUGGUGCUGCGAGCGGGUCCGGGCAGCAAGACGGCGGGAGUGCGCUGGCUACUGCAGCAGGAGAGCCACACCUGGAGACUCAUCUCCUCGCUGUACAGGGAUCGCGUCCAGUCGGCGCCGGAAGAUGACAUGGCGGUCGACGUGGCAUUUCCCAACGAAAGUGAGAAAACGGUGGUGGAGCAUCUCUUCCAGCGCGACGCCACGGUCCGUCAAAGUCAGUUGGUCGUCGAUUGGCUGGAGAGCAUCGCCCAGGAUCACAUGGCAGACUUUUCCGACAACAUUGAAUAUUACUCCAAAAGCGUCUGCUGGGAGAACACGCUGCACUCACUGAAGCUGAGGCGCAAGAGCGGGAACGUCUUCACCGUCCCCCUGGUCACUGAGCUGGACCCAGACGCCCCCCUCCGCCAGCAGCGACCCCUGGCAGACCUGGACCGGGAGGACGACGCCCGUCUGCUGAAGAACCUGUUCUCGCUCAUUCGGGCCGGCAUGACCGAGGAGGCCCAGAGGCUGUGCACACGCUGCGGUCAGGCCUGGCGAGCGGCCACUCUGGAAGGCUGGAAGCUCUACCACGAUCCCAACAUCAACUCAGGCAGUGCCGAGUUGCGCCCGGUGGAAGGGAACCCUCAAAGAGGCAUCUGGAAGGCCUGCACCUGGAGGAUGGCUGCGGAGGAGCAGCUAAACCGAUACGAGCGAGCCAUCUAUGCCAGUCUGAGUGGAAAUCUUAAACCAGUGCUGGCUGUGUGUGAAUCGUGGGAGGACUGCGUGUGGGCGUACUUCAAGGUGAUGGUGGACACACUGGUGGAGAAGCACCUGAUCUCUUCAGGGAUGGCCCACCAGGAAGUCGAGACGCUGCCACGGGAAUACCUGGAAGCCAACUGGACGCUGGAAAAGGUGUUUGAGGAGCUCCAGGCAUCGGAGUCAAAGAGGGUCUUGGAGGAGACGCAACAGCACUACCAUGUCAUUCAGAAGUUCAUCAUCCUGGGAGACCUGGACGGUCUUCUGGAGGAGUUCCGCGACUGGCUGACGGCCCCCAAGGCUCUCCCGUCGCACCUGCUGCGUUUCGUGACUCACCUGCUGCUCUUUUUCCGCUCCAUGGGUUUGGCCCUGAAGGAGGACGCAUGCGUGGAGGUGCUGAAGGCCUACGUGAACCUGCUGGUUGCGGACCGGCAGACAAACCUGGUGGCCAGCUACGCCAGUCAGCUGCCGGCCGACCUGGCCACCGCUCACUACGCCGCCUUCCUGGAGACCAUCAGCCAGCCGGAGGUCCGGCCGCGCUGCUUGCAGCUCGCCGCCGAAGCCGGUUUGGAUGUGGCCGCUGUGACCAAACUGGUGGUGGAGACCGUGCGGGAGCGAGACGACGGCCAGUUCACGCCUCACGUCCAGGUCCCGGAGACGGGAACCACAAAGGACGACGAAAAGAAGAUCGACGUCAUCGACUGGCUUCUGUUUGAGCCGGCCCACCGAGCCGAGGCUCUCAAGCAGUCCAACGCCAUCAUGAGGAGAUUCCUGGCUCUAGAGAAACAUGACGCGGCCAAGACGGUCUUCUCCAAAGUUCCUGAGGAUUCCAUGAGAGAAAUCUACUGCCAGUGGUCGGGACUCGGCCAGACGUCGCCUCUGCCCGCCGAGGACGACAACGCCAUCAGAGAGCAUCUGUGCAUCAGAGCCUACCUGGAAGCCCACGAAGCCUUCGCCGACUGGUUCACCCACAGUAGCGCCGUCCCCCGGAAGCCCACACCUGCCCCCGAAGCCAAAUUUACAGAGCGAGUAGCCAAUGAGAUGAGAGAGAAAGAGUACCAGGCGGCGCUGUCGGCCUGGUCCGGGCGCCUGGACGUCCUGGCCGAAGACGUGAAGGAGAGAAUCUACAACGUGCUCCUGUUUGUUGACGGCGGUUGGAUGGUGGACAACGCGCAGGAUCCGGAGCCGGACGCGGAACGCGCCCACCAAAUGUCGGCGCUGCGCUCGCUGUGUUUGCCUCGCCUCAGCUUCCUGCUGCUCAGCGUGCUACAGAGCUCCUCCAGACACCAGGAGGCGCUGCGGCUCGCCGACAUCAUCUCCUCCGACCAGCAUCGCCUCUACCAGGUGUUUUCCAAGGAGGAGCUGAGACGCUUCCUUUCGAAGUUGAGGGAGUCGUCCCUGGCGCUAUUGGACCAGGGACUCGACCCGCUCGGCUACGAGCUGCAGCCAUGAGGGCCUCUGCGUUGGGUGUCUUUGUUUAUAUUUUCUGAAUAAAAAAAGUGUUUUCUG